AUCUGCUUAAUUUCACCUUCACGCGCCGUAACCGACAGACGCUCCAACAAGUGAUCAUCAUGAACACUUUUCUGCUUGUGUUUGCUUUGUUGUCAGCAGCUUCAGCUUUUCGCCUGUCUGAACGAGACGAAGUUCACUUCAAGUCAUGGAUGGCAAAGUACAACAAAGUAUACAGCCUGCAGGAGUACAAUGAGAGACUCCAGAUAUUCACUGAGAACAAGAGGAGGAUCGACAAACACAAUGCAGGAAAUCACACAUUCACAAUGGCGCUGAACCAGUUUUCUGACAUGACAUUUAAUGAAUUUCGGAAGUCUUUCCUCUGGUCUGAGCCACAGAACUGCUCAGCUACCAAGGGGAACUACGUCAGCAGCAAUGGACCAUAUCCAGACUCCAUCGACUGGAGAAAGAAAGGAAACUAUGUGACAGAUGUGAAGAAUCAGGGAGCCUGUGGUAGCUGCUGGACUUUUUCCACAUCUGGCUGUCUGGAGUCGGUUACCGCCAUCAACACUGGGAAGCUCGUACCACUGUCAGAACAACAGCUGGUAGACUGUGCCCAAGACUUCAACAACCAUGGAUGUGAUGGCGGUCUCCCCAGUCAAGCAUUUGAAUACAUCAUGUACAACAAGGGACUGAUGACAGAGGAGGAUUACCCAUACACAUCCUUUGAAGGUUCAUGUGCAUAUAAACCAGAACAAGCAGCUGCUUUUGUGAAGGAGGUCGUGAACAUAACAGCGUACGAUGAGAUGGGGAUGGUGGAUGCGGUCGCCACACGCAAUCCUGUCAGCUUUGCCUUUGAUGUGACCUCGGACUUCAUGUCCUACUCUGAGGGCGUGUACACCAGCACUGAGUGUGAAAAAACCACAGACAAGGUGAACCACGCUGUGUUAGCGGUCGGGUAUGGACAGGAGAGUGGCACCCCUUACUGGAUAGUAAAGAACUCAUGGGGAUCUGGCUGGGGGAUUGGCGGAUAUUUCCUCAUUGAGCGUGGGAAGAACAUGUGUGGACUUGCUGCCUGCUCGUCUUUCCCUGUGGUGUGAUUUCUGUGCGACCGCAAACUACUAAAGGGCUGAAAAGGGAGCAGAGUUCAACCUUUAUUUUUUUAUUAUUCAAAGUGAUUUUUAUAUAAUCAGCAGCAUAUUGUGCAUUCAGACAGUUGGUUCUUGCACAAUGGAGUUAGCUCCACUAAAGCACUAUGAUAGGGCAGAUCAAAUCACAUCUAGACUAACUAAUAAAUCUGAAAUGAUCCCUUAAGUGCCGAUCAUUACAUUUAUUGUACUGGAAUUCACAAAUAAAAUCUGUUAAAUGUU